UUGAACUUCUAAAGUCUUCCACCAACACUUAUACAGUAUUGACCUCCAAAAUAUCGAAUCCUUGAUAUCAAAGACAUAUUCUGAAUAUGUAUGGGCUCGACGAUGAUUUUAAAGGUUUUGGUGAAGGCUUCGAUGGAUUUCCCAAACGACUUCCGGAAGAUUGUGUGGAAUACUCACUUUAUAUCAUCAACUCCAAGUUAAAGUCACAAAAGGAUUUACUCAGCAGAUUGGAGGAUGUGCGAAAAGAGUCUUUGGCUCUUUUGAAAGAUCUUACUAAGGACUAUAUAUGGCAACGGGAUGGCUUCAAGCUGGAGGUAAAGACUGAGAAGGGUAUGAUGCCUACGACACUUUGUUCUGCGCCCGUGUGUUAACAGCUUAGCAGGCUUGAUGCACCUUAAUGGGAUAACAAAUUAUGGAGAUUCUGUCGAAGACGAAUGGCUUAUUGUGUAUAUACUUAAAGAAUUGAGCAGUCGAUUUCCUACAUUAUGGAUCAAAGUUGUGGACUCUGAUGGCGAGUUUCUUUUGAUUGAAGCUGCCAAUGCUCUUCCGAAAUGGUUGAAUCCUGAAAUCGCAGAUAAUAGGGUAGGUAUCCCGGUUCACAUACGCAAGUCAUUAGAUUCUGACGCCUAGCAGGUAUGGAUUCAUAAUAAUGCCCUUCACAUUAUACCGUUGCGUGCAGUCACUGAUUCCUCAAUCAAAUCCCCUACCGCCCCAGUAUCUCGAUCACUUACCUUAGAAGAAGCCCACAGAGCCAUAUCUUCAACUCCAGAAAUACUCAUACGCUCACCCCUUAUCGAAGCAGAAGCAUUUUAUCGUUUGAGAAGCUAUCCGGCUCAAAUCGCAGCAUCGCUUCACCAUGCUUGUAUUACAAUACCGCGCAAACUUGCCUAUAUACUUCAUCUCCUUCCUACUUCUAUAGCCCCGGCAGUCGAAGCAUUCUACCUUCGAGAUUCAAUUGCGCUCAAGCCGCUCCAAACAGCUUCCCCCAAUCUUAUCUUCCCACCGAAGGAUUUAGUCACCAUCUCAAUUCGAUAUACCAAAGUACUCUACGCUCAACUAAAGUCGCAGCAGUUUACUGCACCAUUUGCAUGGAAGGAUAUUUUAACGCCGCCCAAGAACGAUGCACUUGUGGGAGAUUUCACGAAACUGGAGAUGGGAAUGAAGGUUACCUCCGGCUUCGAAAUGCUAGUCACAGAUCCUAAAAAUGGCGAUCAUCAAUCCGUUCGAGAGAUUAACAUACUUCUGGAAGAUCUUGAUGGAGAUGAUUCUAACCUUCCUAAUGACGAGGAGAUAUCGACGUGGAAGGAUAAUUUGAGAGAGGAUGAUGAAAAAUGGCUCGACAUCAAUUUUGAGGAUUUUGAGAGAGAACUAGACGGAAAGAAUAAGAAAAAGGAGCCGGCUGGAAUCCCUGGAAGUUUCGGACCGGAACCAGCUUCGGGAUUCGGCGAUGCAAAGACCGAGGCCGAUUUGAAGAAAAUGGUGGAGCGAUUUGAAGCUUUCCUUAACGAUGAUGAUGCUGGUCCUGACGGUGCUGAAAUGGAUGAUAUGGAUAUUGAUGACGAUGAUGAAGAUAGUGAAGAGGAUAAAGACGUCAGUUUCGACGAAGUGGAGUUCGCAAAGAUGAUGAGAGAAAUGAUGGGUAUGCCAACGGACGACAUACAUGAAUCGGCAUCCCCAGCCCAGCAAGAAAUAUCUCGCAGGAUCGAGGAGGUCGAUAGCGACGAUGAAGGUGGGGCAGAUAAUGAAGCGGAAGAAAUUCGAAAGGUGAUGAAGAGAAUGGAAGCCGAGUUGAAUGAAGCCGGAGCCCUCAAUUUAGAUCCUACCCCAAGUAAAAUUGCAGCUCUUUCCGGAAGAAAGACGGGCAGGGAAAAGGAUAAGCAACAAGAACAAGUACAAGAGGAUAUGGACGAAGAUGAAGAUGAGGAAGGCGGAGAAGAAGAAAGUGACCAGGAAUUGGAUAUCGAUUUCAAUCUGGCGAAGAAUCUAUUGGAAAGUUUCAAAAGUCAAGCAGGGAUGGCGGGGCCCGGAUCCAAUCUUCUCGGCAUGAUGGGCAUGAAGCUACCUCGCGAUGAAGACGACGAGGGAAGAAGUCGAGGGAAAAGACCCGAAUAAAUAUUGAAAAGAAUUACAAGAUAAGAUUAAUGUUGCCUGGGUAUCACUAAUUACAUCAAACACGCUAGUAAGCUUCAAUUUUCCUCGACCAAAUCCUCGAUACCAAUUUUCCGCCUCUUGGAGCCCUCGACCUCCGGUGGUACGGAUGAGCUCAGGCUUCGCGCUCUCUUGAGCAUAUCAUUGACUGCAACGUCCACCUUUUCCAGCUCUGACAAGGCUGCUGUUAAAUUCCUCCUGUUUUCUAACUCGCG